UUCUCCCCAUAUUCAUCUUCUCCUCAAAAAAACAUAUAGACAAACGUGGUAGUUUCCGGCAGUGACGUGGCCUCAACGUUAGUAGCAAAGACACACUCCAUCACGAGCGUGACAGAGAGAUCUCACCAGUCACCACCAUCGUUUAUUCUUCCGUCACACUGACAUACCCACACGACGCCGUUUAGCCUUGCAUGUUCCCCACUCCAUCUUUUCCCAAAACCCUAAAACCCUAUCUUCCAUUUCUCCCCAUGAAGGACCGCCCCUCGCUGUCCUCCCAUGGCGCCAUCUACGUUCCUCCGCACCACCGCCUCCGCUCCGUCAUCACCUCCGCUAACUCCCCUACUCCACUCUCUGCCAAGCUUCGCGAAAAUCACACACCCACACCUACUACUCCUCAAACCACCUUACCUGACAAGCGCUUCGUUUCUGCUUACGACGACGUCGUUUCCCAGGAAUGGGUCCAUCGUGAAGUUCAAGUUCCUUCACUACCGAGUGGUUUCCCCAAUGAUAUCAUGCAGGAGUGGAAGCCAAAAUUUACAACGCUGUUAAAAGACGAGAGUAAGCAGGAGUUGAUUUCAAGGGAGAAAAAAGAUAGGCGUGAUUUUGAUGAAAUAUCAGUUUUGGCAAGUAGAAUGGGGUUGUAUAGCCAUAUGUAUUCGAAGGUUGCUGUCUUCAGUAAGGUGCCACUUCCUAACUAUAGAUAUGAUUUGGACGAAAGGAAGCCUCAGAGGGAGGUAUAUAUCUCGCUAUAUGGUGAGCAUGCCUAUCACUGUGUUCAGGCGGGUUGGUGCACAUUUUGAGGAAUACCUUAGCCGAAAGCCCAGGAAAAACAAAAGCUUUUCAGAUUUGUCAAGCAGUGAUGGCAGUCUUGGUACAGAUGAAGGGCUUUUUGAACAACCUGAGCCGCUAGCAUCCAAUAAGGCUGUUGUGGAGAAAAUUCUCUGGCAGAGAAGCUUACAAAUGCGGGACGUGCAACAAGCUUGGCAGGGGUCAUCUGAAGGAAAAAGAAUGCUAGAGUUUCGUAGAAAUCUCCCUGCUUAUAAAGAGAAAGAAGCAAUAUUAUCGGUCAUAUCAGAGAAUCAGGUAGUCAUCAUUUCAGGCGAAACAGGUUGUGGCAAGACAACACAAAUUCCUCAAUUUAUUCUGGAGUCUGAGAUAGAAUCAGUUCAUGGAGCUGCUUGUAAUAUUAUAUGCACACAGCCAAGACGCAUUUCAGCCAUGUCUGUUUCUGAAAGAGUUGCUUUUGAGAGAGGGGAGAAAUUGGGUGAAUCUGUUGGAUAUAAAGUUCGAUUGGAGGGAAUGAAAGGGAGAGAUACCCAUCUUCUCUUUUGCACCACAGGUAUCUUAUUAAGAAGAUUACUGGCUGAUAGAAACCUUAAAGGGGUAACUCAUGUUAUUGUGGAUGAAAUUCAUGAGCGUGGGAUGAAUGAAGAUUUUCUGCUUAUUGUCCUUAAAGAACUCCUUCCCCGUCGACCCGAACUCAAACUAAUUUUGAUGAGUGCUACCCUAGAUGCAGAGCUCUUCUCUUCGUAUUUUAAUGGGGCUCCAAUAGUGAAUAUAUCGGGCUUUACACACCCUGUUAGAACUCUCUUUUUGGAGAGCAUUCUUGAAACCACGGGCUAUCGGUUGACUCCUUCUAAUCAAAUUGAUGAUUAUGGCCAAGAGAGGUUGUGGAAAGUGAACAAACAAGCCCCAAGAAAGAGGAAAAGCCAAAUUGCUUCUGCCGUAGAGGAUGCAAUUAGAUCUGCUGAUUUCAAAGAUUACAGCCUUCAGACACAGGAGUCUUUGUCAUGUUGGAAUCCUGACUGUAUUGGUUUUAGUCUCAUAGAAUAUAUCCUGUGCAAUAUUUGUGAGGAUGAAAGGCCUGGCGCUGUUUUGGUUUUCAUGACUGGGUGGGAUGACAUCUGCUCUCUGAAAGAGAAGCUCCAAGCGCAUACUGUCUUGGGAGAUCCAAACCGUGUUUUGUUGCUUACAUGUCAUGGCUCAAUGGCUAGUGCGGAGCAAAAAAUAAUAUUUGAAGAGCCUGAAGAUGGAGUAAGAAAAAUAGUGCUAGCAACAAAUAUUGCUGAAACGAGUAUCACAAUAGAUGAUGUUGUUUUUGUUCUGGACUGUGGAAAAGCAAAAGAAACAUCAUAUGAUGCACUGAAUAAUGCGCCUUGUUUGCUUCCUACAUGGAUCUCUAAGGCAUCUGCUCAUCAAAGAAGAGGAAGAGCUGGCCGUGUUCAACCUGGAGUGUGUUACCAUCUCUAUCCUAGAUGUGUAUAUGAUGGUUUUGCAGAGUAUCAAUUGCCAGAAAUUUUGAGAACACCUUUGCAGUCUCUCUGUUUACAAAUCAAAAGUCUAAAACUUGGAAGUAUAUCCGAUUUCUUGUCUAGGGCUUUGCAAUCUCCUGAGAUACUCGCGGUACAAAAUGCAGUUGAAUAUUUAAAAAUAAUUGGGGCUUUGGAUGAGAAUGAGAAUCUGACUAUUCUAGGACACUAUUUGACGAAGCUUCCCAUGGAACCCAAACUUGGCAAAAUGCUUAUAUUAGGUGCUAUCCUGAACUGCCUGGAUCCCAUAUUAACUGUUGUUGCUGGUCUUAGUGUGAGGGAUCCUUUUCUAACACCACUGGACAAAAAAGAUCUUGCAGAGGCGGCAAAAGCUCAAUUCUCUGGUGCAUACAGUGACCACCUAGCACUUGUACGCGCUUAUGAGGGUUGGAAAGUUGCUGAGAUAGACUUGGGUGGAUAUGAAUAUUGUUGGAAAAACUUUCUUUCAUUCCAAUCCAUGAAAGCUAUUGAUGCUCUUCGGAGGGAGUUCAAAGGCCUGCUUACAGAUAUUGAAUUAGUUGAUAGCAACACAACAACCUGUAACACAUGGAGCUAUGAUGUGAAUCUUAUCCGAGCAGUUAUUUGCUAUGGUCUAUAUCCUGGAAUUUGUUCUGUGCUGCAUAAUGAGAAGUCAUUCACUUUGAAAACAAUGGAGGAUGGUCAAGUGCUCUUAAAUUCGAACUCGGUUAAUGCUCGGGAAACUAAAAUUCCAUAUCCGUGGUUAGUUUUUAAUGAGAAGGUUAAAGUGAACUCAGUUUUUCUCCGUGACUCAACAGCCGUGUCUGAUUCAGUGGUGCUUUUGUUUGGUGGAAGCUUAUCAAAAGGAGACGCUGAUAAUCACAUAAAAAUGUUAGGAGGAUAUCUGGAGUUUUUCAUGGAACCUACUGUUGCUGAUAUGCAUCAGAGUAUAAGGAGAGAGCUUGAUGACUUCAUUCAGAGCAAACUACUUUCUCCGACAAUGAGCAUACACUCAUAUCAUAACCUCCUAUCCGCGGUACGAUCUCUGAUUUCCAAUGACUCAUGUGAAGGCAGAUUUGUAUUUGGUCGCCAGGUCCUUAAACCAUCAAAGAAAUCUAUGAUCCCCUCACACCCAGCAUCGUUGGCAUCAUUGGGUUCAAGGACAGAGAGUGGACCUGGGGGUGAUAAUUCUAAAAGCCAGCUCCAAACUUUGCUUACAAGAGCAGGAUAUGCUGCACCUAUCUACAAGACGAAACAGUUGAAGAACAACCAGUUUCGAUCUUCAGUUGAGUUAAACGGAGUGGAGAUAAUGGGCCAACCUUGUAACAAUAAGAAGAGUGCAGAGAAAGAUGCUGCAUCUGAAGCGCUGCAAUGGUUAAUGGGCAAGCAAGCUGGCCGUGAAUAUAUCGAUCACAUGUCAAUGUUUCUGAAAAAAAGUAAGAAGGAUCACAAUUAAGUAAUCAACUAUAUCGAACUUUUAAUGCCAAGGUAAAGGAACACCAAGAAGGUUUGGCUAUGGCAUUUUUCUCAUGAAAACAGUGAAAGCCCGAACAAAGAUCACACCAGUUCAAUUUGAAGUUGGGAUUUUCUAUGAAUAUGAAGCAAGGAAUUGUCAAUCAAAGCUUGAAGUUAUUUUUGUCAAGAAAAAAAAACUUGGUUAGCUGGUUAGCGGUAGGGUCAUUUUGCAACAGGACUCUGGAGAACGUAGUCCAUGGCGUUCAUUCAUGGGGUGAUGUGCAUAUUCAACGGAAAUGAUGCCGAACUAAUAGUUUUGACAUCAUAUGUUGAAUCUCCUGGGAUUUUGUCGUUUUUGGGAGCAAAAUGGCAUUGAAAAUGAAGGUGACAAUUGUUCAUAAUUAGGAAACUGACAUGCAUAAUUUGUACUAGGUGACAAUUUGUGUUGCAUUAGGGUCUGUUUGGUUACAGCAUUUUGAAACUAAUUUCCAUUUUAAAAAUCUAGCAAAAAUAGGACUUGCUUAGCAUAUGAACUGCAGUGUAGUAUGUCAUUUUGAGAUUUUAUGUACAUAUUAAUUGUUUUUUGUUUAACAGGAAAUUUACCUGUUAAUUGUUAAACAAUGUUACAUGUGAAUAAUUAACUCAAGAUAUGAUAUGCAAAAUGAGAAAGUGUCAAAUAUCUGUUUAUUCUUAAAAUAAGUGUAACAAUUAAAAUAAAAGUAAAACAGACUAAAUUUAAGUAACACAUUAAAAAUUGUAAAUAUAAAAAUAACAUAAGAAAUUCUAGAAUUGUCGUGGCACAAAAAGAGUGCAUCAAAAUGCACUAAUCACCCUACUUUCUUUGUA